AAUUUUAUAAAUUUUUAUAAUAUGUAGUUAAAGAUAUUAGUGGUCAAAGUUAUUCAUCGGCAAACGUGUUUAGUCAAAACGGUGCAAGUAUUAAGGGACGGAGGGAGUAGUAGAUAGAGGUUUGUGAAUUGUGAAUUGUCAUGAGUGAUUGCUUAAUGAAGUUGUUGAGAUGUUGGUUUCAUUGCAAAUAGGAGUGUGUUGGUUAUUUCAUGCCUUGCUUGCCACAGUACCGUACGUAACAACCCUUAAUACGACACCUUUCUAUAUCUCAUAGUCACAAUAAUAUGGCUUUUAUUGGAAUUGAAGCAUACUAUAUGCUCCAACACAAAAGGAAAGACACAAUUCAAUUCAAUAGUCUAGCACUAUUUUGUUGUAUCGAUUUUUGAAGUUUCUUUGUUUCUUAGCGCGUCACAAAAGGACAAUAAUGAUGCAAAUGGGGUGUUCAUAUAUGUAAAUUGACAUGUCAUGUGUACUCCAUCGAUCUGCCAUUUUUAUUUGAUCCAUUUGAUUUUCAAAGUUAUCAAGAUCGAUUUAUCACGUAAAUAUCUCGCUUCAACUGUCCUGAUAUACCAGAAUACCAGGACGAGAGGAGUAGCGCUUACAAGUUACUUACAAGUUACAACAUCCCAUUAAUAGUCUAUCGAUUGGUGUUGGAUUGAUUUUUAAUUUGAAUAUCCAAUGGAGUAGUAGCGUGGAGAAAUUGGAAGUAAAGAAAAAAAAAUUGGCUUAAGAAUUGAACUUAUGAGUUAUGACGACAAUCUUAACAUUUUUUUAUGCUCCCUAUAGCUAUAAAAGUUUUGGGGAAAGAUUUUGGGCUCUUUGGAAAUUCUCUACAACAUUACUCUAAAAAUGAUCUUUUAACAUUGUUAUUCAAAUCCUUAUAUUCAACAAUUUUCUAACUUACACUCUUUUUUAACAAGAAACUUUGACCAUUAUUUUCUUUAGUUAUCAUCAAUUACUCCGUAGUACACCGCAUGGUUUAUAAAUUGUUGUGUCAUUGAUAUUAUUAAAAUAUAUUUAUUGAGACAAAUUCAACAAGACUUUCAUUAAUAAAAUUUGUUUCUGUAUAUUGAGAAUUAUGCAUAAAUAUGUCAAUAAUAUAAAAGUCAAAGUGGCGUAAGUAUUUAUAGACGAAUUUAUAAGGAAUUAUGCAGCGUGCGGCGGAUGUCCUAUACGGCUCGGAUGGGCCCGACCCCUCCAUGCGAAAAAUUUAUAGUGUAUUUUUAGUUACGGCCCUCCUAUAAUUUUUGUAUGAUAAUUGUAUAAAUUAUCAUACUACUCCUAUAGUCCUAUAUUGUUUAAUUAUUCUACUAAUCCUCGUAAAAGUGUUCAAGAUCCGUCACGGGAAGUAUGUACUUAGGUACAUUGGAAUAAGAACAUACGAAACAGUGUGGAGCCAGCAAUAGCAUGCAAAUGUUCAAUGUGGCAGUAUUCGUUAUUAGUAGCAUUGCAUGGGUUCACAAUCUCUGUUAUUCCAGUUGUGACAGGUGAUACAUCAAAUUCACACUACUGGCUAAAUUGGAGGGUGUUGCUCUGUGUAAUCUGGGUAUUAGUCUCCAUGAUUUUUGCCGCAUUUCUAAUAUCAAAACACGAAGGCCCGAGAAAAUCUUCAAAAACAAGAUUGGAUGCUGAAAUUUCAGAAGAAAAACCAGGAAUUUUGUAUGCAGAUGAAGUUUGGAUGCCUUGUCUUAAAGGAGUUCAUCCUGGUUGGCUAUUAGCUUUUCGAGUUUGCGCCUUUUUUGUGCUAUUGAUUCUCCUCAUUGUCAAUGCUAUUGUUGAUGGUGGCUCCAUUUUCUACUAUUACACUCAGUGGACAUUUACUCUUGUUACAAUAUACUUUGGGUUAGGAUCGGUGUUAUCCAUGUAUGGGUGUUAUGAUUACCACCAAAAAAUAAGUGGUGAUAGAGUUCAUAGUGAAGGAAUAGAUGCAGAAAGAGGUGGUUAUUUUGCAUCAAUCAAUGAUGGAGCUCCAAAUGCAAUCAAAACCAGUUUUAGCCCUCAACAAGUUCUUGACCGGCAACGGGCUACUGCCGGUUUCUGGGGUUAUGUUUUACAGAUUAUUUUUCAGAUGAAUGCAGGAGCUGUGAUGCUUACAGAUUGUGUAUUUUGGUUCAUCAUUGUUCCGUUUCUAGCUACCAAAAACUACGAUCUCAAUUUCUUCAUUAUCAACAUGCACACAAUCAACCUUGUAUUCCUGCUUGGUGAUACCGCGCUGAAUAGCUUGAGAUUUCCAUGGUUCCGGAUAGCGUAUUUCAUCCUUUGGACAUCGUUCUACGUCGUUUUCCAAUGGGUCCUUCAUGCUUGUAUUUCAAUUUGGUGGCCAUAUCCGUUUUUGGACUUGUCUUCUUCAUUCUCCCCUUUAUGGUAUUCUUCGGUUGCAGUAAUGCAUCUCCCAUGUUACGGCAUCUUCUACUAUAUAAUGAAACUCAAACAUAAUCUCUUAUCAAGAUAUUUCCCUUUGUCGUACCAAAUCUCCAAAUGAUAGAAACCAGAAAGUUUAUUUGUCAACGAUUAAUCGAAGCCCGAAACCCGAAAAGAUUUCAUGAUUUUGAACAGAUUAUUACAAUGAUUUUUUCGAUCGUUUUCGAAGGUUGAAAGAGAGGUAGAAGAAAUUCAGAAGCUAACUAUACAGGUCAGAGGAUUUAUACAUAUACGAAUUGAAGUAGUUAAAAAAUGUUGGCAAGUUUUGUUUUCAGAAAUGUGGUGAAUUUGUCAUCUUUGUAAUGUUUGUAAAACCCAUUCUUUUAAAAGAGGAUGGAACAAUUGUAAUUUACCAUAUGUAGCUUUUGUAUAAAGAAGAUUGCAUAUACAAAAAUGAUGAUUUUUUUACAAGUAUAUAUACUUUUGUUC